AAAACUUCAAGCAAGAUGACUCCUCUGGCAGAAUUUAUUGAAAGCAUUAAAGAAGAAAGACUAUUAAUUCAAAGAUUUGAGCGGUGUCAAGAUAAACACAUUUGGCGAUGCAGCAGCUGUAAGAAGACGAAGACUAUACGAAGUGGUUUUUUUGAAUGUUCAACCUCUUUAAGUGUAAGUGAUAUACUCCAACUUAUGUUGUUAUGGGUUUCAGAGGUCCCUGUUACUGCUGCUGCUGAAUUAGUAGGGAUAAGCCAACCAACUUCAGUUCAGUGGUAUCAGUAUUUCAGAGACAUCUGCUCAUUCAAAGUUUUAGAUGUUGCAGCUGUAAACCGGCUGGGAGGUCCAGGACACAUAGUUAAAGUUGAUGAAUCUUUGUUUUUCAAACGCAAGUAUAAUGUGGGUCACAACGUUGAAAAGCAUUGGAUUUUUGGGGCUUUUGAUACAACAACUAAAAAAGGGUAUUUGACUAGGGUAGAGGAUCGGACUGCAAAUACAUUAGUACCUUUAAUUCAAACUUGGAUUGUUCCUGGUUCAACUAUACAAUCAGAUGAAUGGGCUUCGUACAAUAAUUUAAGCAACUUAGGCUAUAUUCAUUCAACUGUUAACCAUACCACAAACUUUGUUGACCCUGAAACAGGGACAACAACAAACCACAUUGAGUCCUUUUGGUGUAGGAUGAAGCGUAAAUUAAAGUUUGUUAUUGGUUCUCAAGGUGAUAUGAAAUGGUCUAGGUUGGAUGAGGCAGUAUACAGGGAAUAUUAUGAGUUUAAAAAUAAAGAUUUAUGGCAUAAUUUCAAUAUGUUCCUGGGUCAUAUUUACGAUAAGUAUCCUCUUUAAAUUACACAUUUAUUAAUAUUUUAAUUCUGCUUUAUUAUAUGGAUUUUUGGAGCAAAUUUUCUCAAAUGAUCAUAUACUGUGUUACACUGAUUACGAGAAGAUACACAUACUGAUGAUGAGAAGAAUAUACAUGGAGGAAAAGUUUAAAACGACAAGAUUAAGAA